AUGGCAGACCUUCCCGGAAUCGUCCCCUCUACCACUGAGUAUCGUCGCCUGGAGGCCACCUAUGGCUUAUCUUCUUUGGAAGGUGUAGAGUUUCCUGCACCUGGUUCUAGUAUUUCCUCCCUUCCUCCCGGCAAGAUUGGGGUUUUCUUGAAAACCCUAGACGCUAGAAUCUAUUUCCUGUUGACCGAUUUUCAGGAGGAGGUCCUCCAGAAAGAUGGUGUCAGUCUUCAAAUGUUGACUCCCAAUGCGGUUAACAAGGUGGUUGCGUUUGAAAUGAUCUGCAGAGCCAAUGGGUAUCUUCCGGAUUAUUUCGUCUUCAAGUUAUUCUUUCGAUUCUGUGUUACCGGAGACAAAUACAUCUUCUCGGUCCGGUGA